CCUCGCCGAGCCAGUAGACAAAAAGACUCAUCAGGAAAGCCAUUGCUCUUACGUUGCACAGUAUUCAGUAAAAAGUGUUUGAUGGCCGCCGCUGGACUCAUUUUGUGAGGUGAGGGAAGUUACCGAAGAUGACCGACGUGAAAAAAAAUAAGCGCAGUGAAUCGGUUUGACAAAAUAAGUUUGUGUGCCGCGGGUGUUGAAACACAGUAAAUGAGUGACUGUGCCGCAGUCACGCAGCAACAUACAGGCACACGUUACUGGUGUAACAAAGUGUCCUGCGGACUGUGACAAAGCCUUGGGGGCUUUACGCAGACGAUGAAACCCAACUCCGCUGUGAGCAGGAGGCAACCACAACCACUACCACCACCAGGGCCUGGACACACCGCUGUCAUGGUGCCCGGGCAUGGCCGUGCUGAGGGGGCCUCCUGCCGCCCCCUGCUGUACCUGCUGUCCCUCCUGACUCUGUUGACGUGCGCCGCCACGGCCUCCUCCCUCCCUCCCGCCACCAUGCCAUUGCCGUCUGCAUUUGUGGCCUCGUCGCCCGCCGCCGCCUUCCCCUUCCCCUUCUACUCUCUAGCUUACAGCUCUGUCCGUGCCGGGCAGCCCGUCUGGCUCCCGGAACACGUGUUCCUCUUCCGCGACGCCUACAAACUGUUGCCGGUGUCACUUUCGUUCCGGAAGGAACCAAUACCUGCGGGGAAUACCCUAGAGGCGGAGGAGGAGGGAGGAGGGGAUGGUGAUGAAAGAGGAGAAGGAGAAGAAGAAGGAGGAGGAGGGGGAGGAGAAGGAGAAAAACUAGAAGGAGGAGGAGGAGCAGCCAACAAUAACACUGGAGAGGGUGAAGGCGGCGGCUCGGUCUCGUCCUCUCCCCCGUCGGAUGUCAUCAUCAUCGAAGAGAGCGACGCCAAAGAACCCAAGGACUGGAAUCGACGCCUGCCCGCGGCUCUCCGACCUACCCACUACGUCGUGAGAGUCCAGCCGUUCAUCCACGGGAACUACAGCGUCCGCGGCUCCGUGCAGAUCGAGAUCGAGGUGGUUCAGGCGACCAGCAACAUUACCCUCCACACGUCCAGUAUGGAGAUCAACACGCGGCAGAUACAGCUUGAGGCUGCAGAAGGCGACGAAGGGGGCGGCCCCGUCCCUCGCAUCACUCAGUUCCUUUACGACGAGGACCUCAACUUUUUCACGGCCCGGCUGGAGGCAGAGCUUCGGCCCGGCAGGAGGGUUCGAUACACCAUCCCUUACGAGGCCACCCUGACGAGCCACCUGACAGGGUUUUACGGCGUGGAGUAUGAAGACGAGGGAGGAACGGUGAGGCACCUCGUGAGCUCCAAGCACCAACCCAUCGAUGCGCGGCGGGCCUUCCCGUGCUUCGACGAACCCGCGCUGAAGGCCACGUUUGAGCUGCACGUGGCACGGCAGACCAACAUGACGGCGCUCUCCAACAUGCCCCUCGCCACAACCACGCCCGUGGAGGGUCAGGAAGGCUGGGUAUGGGACCGCUUCCAGACCACGCCGCCCAUGUCCACCUACCUCCUGAUGCUGGUUGUCUCGCCUUUGGCGCACGUCAACAUCACCUCACCGUCACGCCCGGACCUUCCCAUCAGAGUGUUCGCGCGGCAUGACGUGCUGCACAAGGUCACGUACCUGCGGCGGGUCGUCCCUCGCCUCCUGGACUACAUGGGGAGCUACACGAACCUCUCCUUCCCGCUCCCCAAGUUGGACAUCAUCGUCGUUCCUGGGGACCAAGGUGCCGCCUUCGAGGGCUGGGGCCUCGUCUUCGUGUACGACGAAAAAAUGAUGUUGUACGACCCUGACGAGGACGAAGACUCGAAGUGGUUGGAGGUGACGUUCAUUAUGGCGCACGAGCUGGCCCACCAGUGGUUCGGCAACCUGGUGACGCCCCGCUGGUGGACGGACGAGUGGCUCAGCGAGGGCAUCACCACCUACAUGUCCGACGUGCUGCUCCGGGAGACGGGGCUUGUGACGGCAGAAGCGCUAGAGGAGGCCGAGUUGUUCACCUUCGAGAUCUUCUUCGAGGAGCACAAGGAAGGCGUGACCCCCCUCAUCAACGAGGACAUGAACGUGUUCGACGCCUGGACCUUCUUCACCUUCAUGGCUUAUUACAAGGGCUACUUCAUCCUGCACAUGUUGAAACACGUUCUCUCACCUCACGUCUUCAGGAGGGGACUCGUCAGCCUCCUCAAGGAACACCAGUACGGGAGUGUGGCCCAGAACGACUUGUCUCGCCACCUGACGGAGGCGGCACACGAGGCGGGCACGCUGCGGCGGGACCUGAGCGUGGAGACCAUCCUAGACACCUGGACGCACCAGACCGGCUACCCGCUCGUCACGGUGACCAGGAGUCCCUCCGGAACCUCCGCCACGGUGUACCAGGAGAGAUAUUUGGGCCCCGGAGAGACAGAUGACCCCGUCCGCACGUGGUGGGUGCCGCUCACCUACACGAGCCAGGACUCGCCUGACUUCAACGACACCCGCGUCAAGGCGUGGCUCAAGGGCACGGAGACGCAGACGUGGCUGCCGCACCUGCCCGCUAAGGACCAGUGGGUCAUCUUCAACGUGCAGCAGACCGGUUACUACAGAGUCAACUACGACCAACACAACUGGAACCUGCUCACCCAACAGAUGCUGACCGACCAUCAGCGUAUUCACAUUAACAACAGAGUCCAGAUGAUCGACGACGUUAUGAACUUGGCCUCCACAGGGAAGUUGUCUUACAAGACAGCCUUGAGCUUCAUGGAGUACGUGAAGAACGAGACUGACUCGGUGGUCUGGGACGCCGUACAUCACAACAUCAAACACAUCCACAACAUCCUGCAGAACACGCCGGCAUACGAAGGCUACAAGAAGUACAUGUGGUCUUUACUCGUGCCUCUGUGGAAAAUGUCCGGCGCAGACAACCAAGAAUACGUCGAGUCCGAGCAGCGGAAACACGCCGAGGCGGUGCAGUGGGCGUGUGGCCUCGGCCUGCCCGACUGCGUCCACCUCGCCGGCAGCCUCUACGCCCAGUGGAUGCACACGCCCAAGGACAUGAAGUUGGUGCCCGAGAAGCUACGUGAGGCCGUCUAUUGCACCGCCAUCGCCAACGGAGGGAAGGCCGAGUGGGACUUCGCGUGGAGCCAAUACUUCCUCGCCGACGACCGCCGCCAUAAAGACCAGCUGCUCCGGUCCCUCGGCUGCACCAAGAACCAGUGGCGGGAGAUGCGAUUCCUCGCGUUGGCCUUCACCUCGGGCGCCAGGAUGCAGCCAGACGACGCCCUCAAAGUGUUCAGCUCUGUGGCGUCCAGGCCCGGCGGCGAACACCUAGCCUGGAGCUUCCUCACGCGUUACUGGCCUGCCGUGUCCAACCUGUACAAGGGCCGAGGGAAGGCGAAAAAGGAGUUGGUGUUAACGGCCGCCAAAUCCUUCAGCUCGAGGAAGGACAUGGCCAGGUUGCUGCGCUUUAGGGACAGACACCAGGAUGACCCCGAGGUGGUGGCCGCGUCGGAGGAGGCGCUCGACUUGGUGGGGCAGAACGUGGCGUGGAUGGAGAGGAGCUACGGGGCGAUCUGUGAGUGGCUGGAGGACCACGGCUUUGGCUGCACGACGAGAGCCUAUGGAGGGUGACGGAGCUGACGAGGCUGACGUGGGGUGCUGACGCCUGACGACCCUGCUGACCUUAGUGGAGGUGGCAGCGGGGGACACAACACUGCGGCGGCGGACAUCCAAGAAGAGAGGAGAGAAAAGAAGAGAAGAGAAAAAAUAAGAACUACAACAACAGUAUCUUAUGUGAGAACUACAAAAGACGAUUAUUUAUCUAUUUAUUAAUGUAUUCAGUAAUAAGUCUGUUAUAAGAAAAUAAUAUAUGUUAAGUAGUAGUAAUAGUAGUAGUAGUAGUAUUUGUUGUUGUUGUUGUUGUUGUAAAUGUUGGUAGAGUAGUAGUAGUAGUAGUAGUAGUAGUAAUAGUAGUAGUAGUAGUAGUAGUAGUUGUUGUUGUUGUUAAUGUUGGUAUAGUAGUGGUAGUGGUAGUAGUAGUAGUAGUAGUAGUAGUAGUAGUAGUAGUAAUGGUAGUAGUAGUAGUAGUUGUUGUUGUUGUUGUUAUUGUUGUUGUUACUAUCAUAAAUUACUGUGAUUGGUAUUUAUAGUUAGAAUCCGCAAUGUACUACCAAUGAUAAGCCCACAGAGAUAUGCAAGACAUUGACCCCAAAUGAUCUGA